AUGCUGGUCCCAAGCAACCUCAACUAUGUUACCCAAUUCUAUCCACUGGGAAACACUCCCGCCAUCAGUCUCACGCGCGAUCUGCCUCAAGGAAACCGCGUUGAAGCAGACACCAUUCUGCUUCUCGGCUGUGGGGACGUUCGAAACAUUCUUUACACCGCGUACCUUGAGAAUGGCCUUCCUGCUCGCAAUGUCCUGCUUUUCUCGUUCUUGAUAGAUGGGAGUAGCCCGGCCGACACCCUUUGGGCUAUCUACUACGAUAUGUAUCUCAGCGACGCUGUCAUCAGCCUGCUCACGCGUCAAGCCCAGCGGCUUGUAGACACAUCGAAGACACUGGAGACUUGGCACAAGAGCAAAUAUGGCACGAUGUUGCGGUUUUGUGACGAAGCCUCGCUUACAUCUGCUCGAGCUCUUUGGACCAAAUACGUCUCAGCCGCCUCCUUGAAGGAUAAUCCAAAGCACCUGGCAUCCUUUGAGGCAAACCUUCAGCGAUCUCGAAAUCUGUUCUCUACGAAGAUGGCAAAGUCAGUCGGUGGUACCAAGAUUAUGACGGCCGUUCGAUCUGCUUCCCCAUUGGCAGUGAGCUCCUUGGGCGUCUUGUCCAAUACAUUUGAUGCCUUUUGGAAGGAUGGGUCUACUUCGAAAUCUGCUACUGCAAAGUACCCCAACCCCAUGUUUGCAUCGUCCAUGUCGGCCAACACAUACCUCCAUUACGGGACCGACCCAGUGACAGGGUUUCAUCUCGCCACUGUAUUCGCCAAACUCGAUCCCAAGUCCCCUUGGCGCCACAGCUCUGUUCCCAGCGUCCAGGUUGUCUUCGAGGCCACCAAGAUGCAGUUCAAAUUGUGGAUCUCGGCCUUCAUGGCUAUCAAGGAUCGAUUCAUCUUGAGGUUCGUGCUGUCUGAUGCAUUGGCCUUCUGCCAUACUCUCCAGCAGAGUGCAGUCUCGAAGAGCGCUUCAGCACAUUUCUUCAGGUCACAGUUUGAUGCUCGCCCGCUGGAACUGGACUCAGGUUCCUAUGGUAAAAACGGAGAAGCGCCGACGAGUUUCGACGUGAUCGACUCGUCGAACCUGGCGGACCACCUCGGCCCCCUAAACAUUCUCGUUGGGGCCGCACCGCUUUUGAAGAACGAAACAGCCUCGACCCUCUACAUGGAGACACUCCUAAAGACGGGGAAAACCCGAAAGGCUCAGUUCGAUGAAGUUCUUCGUGGUCAUGCUCCCACGGUGUCUCUCCUCUUGGGUGUAGCAUCGGUUGAGUCUUGGACCAAUGCAACCACCGUGUCGAGCGUCGACGAAUUAAUACUCAACAACCUGGAGUCUGGUUCAAUGAAGCAAGUCCACACCAGACUCUCUUGGAAGCCUAUCCAACCGUUUUCUGGUGGUCAAGGUAGCAUCACCCUACCCAGAAUCGAUGCCAAAACACUUGCACGUGCCAUCUUCCAGGUAUACUGCGACAUGUUCCGACAGGAGAACCCACUCGCCAUGUUGAGCGCCUCGAGGGACCAGUUGGGUCAGCAAAUCCAGAACAGUGCACACCCUCACUUCCACCGAGGAAGCCUCGUCGCUCUACUGAAGACGAUCAAGGCAAGGGUUGUGACGGAAUGGCCCAAGAUGUGGGAUGCGCUGCUCGAGUUCAUCAUGCGGGAUAGGAGCAUGAUGCUUGCCAGCAACUAUAUCCAAGAACUCUCUGCUCAGCUUCAUAUUCAACAGGUCCACACAGAGCCGUGGCUCCAAGAUGAAAUUCAGCGCAACGCACCAGGUUUCGGCUCGUGGGGCAAGAUCCCAGAGGUCAUGGCUGUGACAUUGAUCGUACCUCGAGAUCGCGUCAUUGGCUUGUUCACAGACAGAGCCAAUUUUGCCAGCCCAACCUGCCGAGCUGUUUUGAGUUCGAGUGCAAAUGACUUCGCACAGCGACUCAACAUGUUUGCCGAUGUCCAUUUCUCAUUCGGAACCAUCAAGGCCACAGGGUCCAGAGGCAGUGAGGACUAUUCGCUGAACAUCCAGUCAGACACCAAAGGCUUCCUAGGAAACUCGCCGCUGAUUGCCUGCUUUUAUGUGCCAACAGCAGCACUUCAGUUAGAGUUGGAAGACGGCACCGUCGCCCUUGGACUGGAGUCGUCUCCUCAGAACCUGAUGUUCUUCCAGCAGAAGUUGGGAUUCACAAUGACCUUGUAUGAGGCGGCUCUGCGCGAUAAGAAACAUGUGCACGUCUCAAAGUAUCUUCCGGGUCAUAUUGCAUACCCAAUCACUUGUGGAAAAGCAAGUCCCGUGUCCUCUGUAGGACAACAUACAGGAGGACAACAUACCCUUGGGUCGACCAACGCCACCCUCACUGUCGAUCUCGACAACAGAACCGGCGUUAUAUCUUCGCUGACAGGACACGUCGAUAUUCUGUCCGAAAAGGGCAAGGCCCUACUGAUGAGCAAAGCUCCCAUUGGCCUCGUACAGUCAUCACCAUUCGUGAUUCAAGUCGUCCUGGGUGAGAAGGAAAUGAUGUUCCCUAUCCACUUUCCUCUCCCGGUUGACAAGGAGAGAAGUAGAACCCGAAUUGCACGCAAGUCGGGCUAUGUGGAAGUCACCGCCCCACUGGCAGACCCAGUCACUGCGGGAUGUCUGGAUGACUUUAUUUGCCCCGUGAGACUGGACCCAACCAGUACUCCAGUCACGAUGAACAUUCCACACCUGAACCUCGAUAGAUUGCCUAUACUGGAUGUGUCAAGCAAGAAGGGUCUGGACUGGUUGAAACCCCUCAUCGCCUCCCAGUGUUCUUCACGGGAGAGACAACUGAACUCGUCUGGUGUUGCUAGCAAGCCAGAGAUGCUCCCUCCUCGUCUCAACUUCAAGAAUACGCUCACUUCCAUCUUCGCGUCCGCCUCGGGGCUGCACAAACUGCAUCACCGAGUCUUCAGCCUCAGUCUUCCCGAUGAAGCCGGGCUCCACAUCCUGCUCUUCAUCAGCGCACUCCGCCUGGACGGCGCCGCGGGCUCCGUCGUCGCCGACGCCGCUGUCCUGCCUCUGACCAUCGAUCUAGUCGCCCCGCUGCAAGAUUUCCUCGCCCAGGUCACGGGAAUCUGUGCUUCCAUCAACAUUGAUAACCGCGAGCUUGAACUGUGGAAACGCGUGCUCCCCGCCUUGGCCGAGCGUUGUCGCACCUGGUCGCACGGCUCCGACUGCGAGUACAAGCGUUCCGGUGCUGCCGUUCCCCUGAGCCUCGAACACGGCGCGCAGUUUCUGUGCUCCUGUGGCCGGGAUAAGCUACCUGCGAGCUUCAAGGUCCCAAAUCUUGAGCAUUGGGAUGCCGUCGCCAAAUACAUGACGCGGGUGGCCAUUAGUCCGACCUUUUCGGUCCCAUUCGUGGAAGACAUCCUUGCCACGACCAUGCUGUCGAGCACCACGGAGGACGUAAGCGUGGACAAGAAGAACAACCGCAAGAAUGAGUGUCAGAAUUGUGGCAAGGUGGAUGGGGUUGGGCUGAAGAAUUGUGCUAGAUGUGGGGGAGUCAAGUACUGUUCGCGGGAGUGCCAGAAGGAGGAUUGGGGCCAUCACAAAAAGGCAUGCGGCAAACCUUAG